ACUACUUGGCUUGCCCCCACACAAGCUUAUUACGGACAUGCCUGUACGAUGGAAUAGCGCCUACGAAAUGGUCAACAGAUUUCUUGAGCAACAACCUGCCAUCACUGCUUCACUUUUAUCACCCGAAGUGAGGAAGAAUGUGACCGACUGCUCACUGACUGAGCCUGACAUCUCGAAUGCUGAAGAUAUGGUGAAAGCGCUCAAACCCAUGCUUGUGGCAACAAACGUCAUGUGCGAAGAAAAGAGACCCACCAUUUCUAUAAUUGCCCCACUCCACGCGCAACUGCUAGCUGAUACCACCAGCACUGUUAAAGAUUCACCUCUGGUUCGAGAUAUUAAGUGUGCCAUUCAAAAUGAUCUCUCCAAGAGAUAUCAGUCUUUAGAGGAAAAAGACCUGCUGUACAUCUCGUCAUCACUUGAUCCAAGAUUCAAAUCUUUGCUGUUUCUGUCACCUCAAGAAGUGCAAGACACAUAUGCAAAACUACUGUCCAAGGCUGCAGCUCUGAAUAAAGAUGAACAGAGUCUUGGGGAGCAACCACAAGCUACAGUUGCGGACUUGCCUCACACACCAGAGGACAAGGAGGACUGCCACUCUCCAAGCCCAAAAAGGAGGAAGUCAGCUCUGGUGGACCUGUUGGGACUGACUUUCAAUAACAACCCAUCAACCCAGUCAGAAUCAGCCACAUACAUUGCUCAAAAAGAGAUCAAACAAUACCAAGAUGUUCGUUGUCUUCCACUCACUGAGGAUCCACUGUUGUGGUGGAAAUGUCAAAGGAAUGCCUACCCUCUUCUCUCUAAGCUGGCACAAAUGUAUUUGUGUAUUCCUGGGACGAGUGUAGCAGCUGAGAGAGUGUUUUCAACUGCUGGUGACCUCAUCAAUGCUCAGAGAAGCGUCCUCACACCUGAACAUGUUGACCAGUUGGUCUUUCUCAAAAAAAAAACAUGGACAUGUCUUAGUCAAGUCUUCAGAGCGUAAUGUUCGUGGAAAAUGUUUAAUGUAACAUCAGUGUUUUUGUUCUACAA